AUGAUUCGGUAUAGACGUUACAGGGCUUUUAUUGCCUUUACUGUCAUUGCCAUCUUGGCCACAUAUUACUUCAUAGGACAUGGCAGUAUAGACCUACCUUCAGCCAUUGGCGCAGGCGCGUUGAAGCAGGCUGGCAAUGAUGCUGCAGCUGCCGCCAAAGAGAAGGCUCAAGCUGGUCUUGACCUGAUCAAACCCGACAAACCUGACGAACCUACGAAAGAGGAUAUUCUUGGUGCUCUACCGCCGCUUCCGACCACCAAACCAGCUGCUUCUACCAUUUCAAGCCUUGCUCAAGCGCCUAUCCCCUCGACUCAGGAGGCGUCUACUCCCCUCUCUUCCUCGACCACCUCGUCCGCCGCCGUCGCAACACAGUCGCACAUUCGAACCAAACCUCAAGAUGCUGCUGCCAUCUUGCCUGUCAAUUUCCCUACCAUACACUGGUCUAAGAUGCCUGAGCAUUUCCCCGUUUCAUCAACCAUCCAACUACCCACUGGUACUCCCAAGGCUAUUCCUCGUAUCCAGCACGACUUCAAGAAAGAGUCGUCUGCCGAAAAGGCUGAUAGAGAGAAGAAGCUGAAGAUUAUUGAGGGUGCAGUCUCGCAUGCUUGGAGCGGAUACAGAUCAAAAGCUUGGAUGAGAGAUGAAGUACGACCCGUCUCGGGUGGUGCUCGCGAUCCCUUCUGUGGAUGGGCUGCCACUCUGGUCGAUUCAUUGGAUACACUGUGGAUUGUUGGCCUUAAGGAUGAAUUUGAUGAUGCCGUUAGGGCCGUCGGCGAGAUUGACUUCACCACUUCUCAGAGAAAAGACAUCCCUCUUUUCGAGACUACCAUUCGCUACCUUGGUGGUAUGCUCUCGGCUUAUGACUUGAGCGGUGGGCAAUACAAGGUUCUGCUGGACAAGGCCGUCGAGCUCGCUGAAGUCUUGAUGGGUGCUUUCGAUACCCCUAACAGGAUGCCUGUCACUUUCUACCGCUGGAUGCCGACUUUUGCUUCUCAGCCUCAUCGCGCUGGUACACACGUCGUCUUGGCUGAGAUUGGUUCUCUCAGUGUUGAAUUCACUCGUCUUGCCCAAUUGACGAAGGAGCCCAAGUAUUACGAUGCUAUUGAUCGCAUUACCGAUGCCUUCCUUGAGUGGCAGAGCGCUUCUGGUGCCAAUGCGACAUUUAUGCCCGGUUUGUUCCCUGUUCAUAUUGAUGCUUCUGGUUGCGAGAAACCUGCUCAGAUCAAGUCUACCUAUUCUCAUGAAGCUGGAAAAGGUGGCGAUGUCGCAGUAGGCGAUGGUAAGCCUGUCAUUCCUCAGCGUCCAGUGACCCAGGGUCAAGGCACACGAACUGGCCCCUCUACCGAAAAAGACGGGUCCUCUCAGCCCUCUAUCAACGCUGGUGGUUCGCAAGCGGGUGCAUCCUCUGCUGGUGGAAUGGGCAAGAUCAUUGGCUGGGAUGAUCCUUUGACUGAAGGUGAUCUCGAUAGUCCUCAGGCAAAGGCCGCUGCUGCAGAAGAUGUCUUCCAAGAAGAAACCGAAGCCAGGAUGCACACUCUCCAACAAGACGUGUGUAUCCCUCGUGGGCUGGCUUCCAGCGGCUCUGGUGGCUAUGAGACAUUCACCAUCGGUGGCAUGGCUGACUCUUUGUACGAGUACUUCCCUAAGCAGUAUCUACUGCUCGGUGGCUUGGAGAAGAAGUACCAGACACUGUACGAGCAGUCCAUUGAUGCUGUUACCAAGCAUCUCUUGUUCCGGCCCAUGACUCCCCAAGACGCAGACAUCCUGUUCGUAGGCGAGUACCGGGCCCAGCCACCCACCAAAGAAGGCUCUGUAGAAGGCACCCUCAAACCAGAAGGCGCUCACCUUUCUUGCUUCGCUGGCGGCAUGUACGCCAUGGCAGCCAAGAUAUUUGGUCGCGAGGAAGAUCUCGAAAUAGGUGCCAAAUUGACUGAAGGCUGUGUGUGGGCUUACAACGCCACAGCCACUGGCAUUAUGCCUGAACACUUCUUGGUCUCGCAGUGCGAAAGCAUGACAGACUGCAAAUGGAACGAAACCAAAUACUGGGAAGAUCUGGAUCCAUACGCCGAAUCUCGCACCAAAGUCUACGUUCCCCCAACAACCCUUCCGACAUCAUUAGCAGGAUCUCGGAAUGCACCUCAAGUCAAUAAGAGAGACUUAGAUGGCCCUGCUGCAACAGUCCCACACGUUCCUGCCCCUGCAGUUCCCAACAGCGUCCCUGAACUCGACAUGGCCACACCUAAAGAAGAAACUGUGAUCGAAUACGUCCCUCCCACCCCACCCUCCCACGAAGAAUUUGUCCUCGCACGUAUCUCUGAAGAACGCCUUCCUACAGGAAUGACACGCCUCCUCAGCCGCAAAUACAUCCUCCGUCCCGAAGCCAUCGAAUCAGUAUUUUACAUGUAUCGCAUCACCGGCUCACCUCAUUGGCGCGAAGUCGGCUGGCAAAUGUUCCUCGCAGUGCAAAAGUAUACUUAUGCAACUUAUGGCGCUUCUGCAAUCGACGAUGUCACGAAAACUCUCCCUACGCAAGAGGACAGUGAAGAGAGUUUCUGGCUGGCGGAGACGUUGAAGUAUUUCUAUCUGCUGUUUGAAGAGGAGGGGGUUAUUAGUCUUGAUGAAUGGGUUUUGAAUACUGAGGCGCAUCCGUUUAGACGACCGGAUGCU